AGAGAAUUCAGGUUAUGUUUAUUUGAACUGACUUUGACAUCCAUCAUCCACCUGUCAUCUAUUGAAGUAUUCUUGAUUUUUAUAUUUCAUUUUUGAAAUACCUUGUAGAAAGUGUAGGAGAGAGGUUGCGUAUAAAAUUUUCAUAAAAUGGCAUUUACAUUGUGGAAUUUAUUGGAAGCUACAAUAUUAUGUUUGAAUUCGGUUUGCAUACUAAAUGAAGACAGGUUUUUGGUAAAAAUUGGAUGGAGUUCUAAAAGUCCCAGCGUUCAAGGCUUUGGAGAAAAUCCUUCAGCAAAAUCGCAAAUCUUCAACCUAAUACAUUCCAUAAGAACAGUGGCAAGAAUUCCGCUGAUUCUUCUCAAUAUUAUAAUGAUUAUAAUAAAGUUGAUACUCGGAUGAUAUUACUCAAGUUAAUUUAUUGAAUGUAAAUAUAUUUUUUUAGAUUUCA